UGGACCGCAUUGUGGGCCUGGACCAGAUGGCCAAGAUGACGGAGAGCUCACUGCCCAGUGCCUCCAAGACCAAGAAGGGCAUGUUCCGUACUGUGGGGCAGCUGUACAAGGAGCAGCUGGGGAAGCUGAUGACCACGCUGCGGAAUACCACCCCCAACUUCGUGCGCUGCAUCAUCCCCAACCAUGAGAAGAGGUCCGGAAAGCUGGACGCCUUUCUGGUGCUGGAGCAGCUGCGGUGCAACGGGGUCUUGGAAGGCAUCCGAAUCUGCCGCCAGGGAUUCCCUAACAGGAUCGUCUUCCAGGAGUUCCGCCAACGCUAUGAGAUCCUGGCCGCAAACACCAUUCCCAAAGGCUUCAUGGACGGGAAGCAGGCCUGCAUUCUGAUGAUCAAAGCCCUAGAACUCGACCCCAACUUGUACAGGAUUGGGCAGAGCAAAAUAUUCUUCCGAACUGGCGUCCUGGCCCACCUAGAAGAGGAGCGGGACUUAAAGAUCACCGACGUCAUCAUGGCUUUCCAGGCGAUGUGUCGCGGUUACCUGGCCAGAAAGGCUUUUGCCAAGAGGCAGCAGCAGCUGACGGCCAUGAAAGUGAUUCAGAGGAACUGCGCCGCCUACCUCAAGCUGCGGAACUGGCAGUGGUGGCGGCUCUUCACCAAAGUGAAGCCCCUGCUGCAGGUGACGAGGCAGGAGGAGGAGAUGCAGGCCAAGGAGGAUGAGCUGCAGAAGACCAAGGAGCGGCAGCAGAAGGCAGAAAGCGAGCUCAAGGAGCUGGGCCAGAAACACGCGCAGCUGACCGAGGAGAAGAACCUGCUUCAGGAGCAGCUGCAGGCAGAGACGGAGCUGUACGCGGAGGCCGAGGAGAUGCGGGUCCGGCUGGCAGCCAAGAAGCAGGAGCUGGAGGAGAUCCUGCAUGAGAUGGAGGCCCGCCUGGAGGAGGAGGAAGACCGGGGCCAGCAGCUGCAGGCAGAACGGAAGAAGAUGGCCCAGCAGAUGCUGGACCUGGAAGAACAGCUGGAGGAAGAGGAAGCUGCCAGGCAGAAGCUACAACUUGAGAAGGUCACGGCUGAGGCCAAGAUCAAGAAACUGGAGGAUGAUAUUCUGGUCAUGGAUGAUCAGAACAAUAAACUGUCAAAAGAGCGAAAACUCCUUGAAGAGAGGAUUAGUGACUUAACAACAAAUCUUGCAGAAGAGGAAGAAAAAGCCAAGAAUCUUACCAAGCUGAAAAAUAAGCACGAAUCUAUGAUUUCAGAACUGGAAG